AUGUACUUCUUAAGGCCUUUUCCAGAGAACGUGGAGCGGAUCUUGGGCGAAUUCAAGAGCGCAGCUCCACAGCAUCGCCAGGUUCACUUGUGCUUCACCAAGCCGGUGGAGCAGAGCCUUUUGUCCAAAUUCACAGAGGCGCCUCACUUGGCAUCUCGUGUCAGAUCUUUUGUGGAAGUGCCUUUAAGCUUCUCGCUUGUACAGGAUCGGGGCUUCCAUUUUGAUGUUCCAGAGGCCAUAACUGCUUUGUUUCCUGUGCCCGAUCCCCAACUGGUCUCCAGCAUUGUCCAGCAAUUGGCGGAUGUUUGCCGGUGCCUCCAGACAACCACACCGAGCAUUCGCUGCCAGUCAGACCUUUGCCAUACGAUUGGUCAGAGAGUCCUUCGAGAGCUCAGCAUGCACCAGGCUUCGGCGCUACCAAGCCAACCUUGCCAGCUGCUGAUUCUCGAACGGUCUGUCGAUAUGGCAGCAGCACUCGUCCACGAGUACUCCUACGAGGCUUGUGUCUUUGACCUGCUCGAUGGCAAUAUGCUCGACGGAGACCGCAAUGUAGUGACACUCAAAACUUCCCAUGCAGGGGAGAACAAAGACAAGAACAAGGAGAUGCUGCUGGAAGAUCCUCUUUGGGAGGAGCUAAGGUAUAUGCACAUAGAAGCAGCACGAUCUCAUGUGGAAGCCAAGGUAGAUGAUGUAAAGCGUCAGAACAAUCAGAAAAGUUCAACUGCAAUGAGUACCAGCGCCAUGCUGGAGCAGCUCCGUGGAGCCCCGGAGAUGCGAGAUGCCGUCGAUCGUAUGUCGCUGCACUUGGCGAUGAUCAUGCAGAUCCACUCACGUUUGAGCCAAGAGCAAAUCUUGGAUCCACUUCAUCUUGGGCUUUUGGAGCAGGACACUGCAUGCGGCAUUGACCGCAACGGGAAAGAUGUGAAGAUUGCGAACUUGCAGCAGACCUUGCUGAAGAUUUUCAUAGAUCGGCCAGAGCUGCCCAGCGAGAUGAAGCUGCGCUUGCUGAUGCUUUACUUUGCGUGUGUCGCAAACAUACCAGAGGCAAACCGAUCAAAGCUCAUGGAUGCCGCGAAGUUGGAACCCGAGGACCAUCAGGCCAUGCUUUGA